CUCUCCCUCUCUCCAAAACCCAAAUCCCCCAAACCCCGCCUCGCCUCCCCCCUCGCCCAAGCAAAUCAAACCCAAGGACGCCGAGUCGCCGACGGCCAUGGCGCCGGCGGUGCUCGUCCCCAUCGACGAAGGCAGCGACGGGGAGGGCGGUAGCGCCACGGACGUCGCAGCCCCCUCCCCCGCUCCCAUGGACAUCGACGGCGACGACGACGGGCGCGACCGCAGAGGAGAAGGCGACGGAGGCGGCGUGGACCGCCUCAGCGACCUCUCCAACGACACCCUCGCCAAAAUUCUGGGCCAUCUCAGGGACAUCCGCAACGUCGCCACCACCGCCGUCCUCUCCAGGCGCUGGCUCGAUCUCUGGACCCAUGUCGACAUCAUCGUCUUGCAGUAUGACGAGCCCCCCGACUCCAGAAUCGUGCAGGAAGUCCUCGCCGCCCACGCGAGGAAGGGUUCCACGGCCACUCACAUCCGCCUGCUCGAGGUCACCUCCCUCAACAGCGCCACGGCGGGCGCCACGGCCUCCUGGCUCCGCGUCGCCGAGCCCCGCCUCACCGGCGAGCUCUUAUUCCGCAACGCGUCCUCGGUUCCGUUCGAACUUCUCAACGACGAGAUGGUCGUCGUGGAGCAGCUGGUCGAGGAGCUUGGGGUGGUGGUGGACGAAAUGGGCGCCGGCUUCGAGCUGCCCUGCUUCAUGAGGGUCACCAAGAUAACGCUGAGCCUGGGGUUUCUCGGCCUAUCGCUGCCACCAUCGGGUGUCUUCGCCAAGCUCAGGGAGCUGCACCUGGUGUACGUCCGGUUCAAUGGCGAGCUCACCCUGGACGAUGCCAUGCUCCCCUCCUUGGAAUGGCUAGACAUUGGCAAGUCCCGUGGCUUGGCCUCCCUGACGCUCAGGCUGGCGCCUCUGACACUGAUGGCUCUGCACGAUAUGCGGUGGUUGCGUCGGCUCAACGCCGUGUUGCCGGGGCUCAAGGAGUUGUCUGUGUCCGAAUGCUUCCUUGAGCAUCUUGAUGGCGUGAGCAUUGUGGCAGAUGAGAUGGAGCAGCUCAGGUGGCCAGGUUUCUACUGGCCUGGAUUGGUCUACUUCAGCAGGAUGCCGCGCCUGCGGACGUUAUGCGUCUCUGUCUCUGAUUUUGCUCAUGGAUCGCGCGAGGCUUUCAAUCAGGGCUCUCAGAUGCUUCUCAAUCGCUAUCCAAGCAUUCACCAUCUCGAGCUGCGCGUUGUGAUCAAAACAGGUGUUACGCCUUUGAUGGUAGGCAUAACCGGACUCCCUUACACUAAGAUCUUGACCCUACAUUUAGUUACAGAGGGCCAUUCUUAUGGAGCUAGUGUAUUGCAUAUUCUGACAAUGUGUACUCGUAUAGCCAAGCUGACCCUGAUGAUCCCAAAAUAUUUCGAGGUCGAAGAUGCUUGUGCAGAGAUUUGCAUCUGUGAUUGGCUACCAAACUGGAGAAACGAGAACAUUUUGUUGGAGUGUCUCGAAGAAGUAACGAUCCUCUACUACAGAGGGGAGGACGAUGAGCUUGACCUUCUGAAGCUCUUAGUCAGGGGAGCAACAGGCCUUAGGAGGAUAAGAAUAGCCCGCUACUGUUCGGUUGCUGAUUGGGAGAUAGAGAUGCUACGUGCUGAUCUACGUGCGUAUGCAGAAGAGGUUGGAAGAAGUCAGAUUUCCUUGGAAGUGAGGCAAUGUAACGAGUAACUGAAGAGUGAAGACCGUAGUGAGCUGAUGUGUGCGGCGCCUUCUUGCUCAGACCUGAAGUAAAAGAAGAGCUCUGUUGGCUAUUACUGAUCCUUGAUGUACCUGACAAGUUUUGAUCCUGCUAUGCUGUACUGUAACAGAUAAACUGGCUGGCUGCGACGAACCUAGCUGCCUUGCGUGGACAUUUGUCUUCAUAAGCAAAAGGGUUAUCAUCUACUACUA